AAAACUCGACGUAAUUAAUUCAAGACCAGUUUUCAUUGUAGCUGGGCGCGUGAAGUAACGUCACCGUUGGAAAUAGAAAUAAUUAAAUGCGUAGGAUAACAUUAGUUUAUAUACAUAAUUCAAAGAAGACAGUUUGACUUUUUAUUUAGUGAUUUUUUUACCGUUAAAUUUAUUUUUCUAAUUCACUGGUAUUUCUUUAUCAAAAAUUAAGUUUCGCCGAACUGCUUUAUUUUUGUUUCAAAAAAGAUAUUAGAAAAGUUAAAAACUUGCAUUUAAAAGAGAGGAACUAUUUUUUUUUUUUAAAUCCCGAACAAAGAAGAAGAUAACACUAUUUUGCCAUAACAGUUCGUUAAUACAAGGUAAUGAAACUAGCAGAAAUAAUAACAAUUUUCUCCGUCGUGUUUCUUGUCACCAUAGCAACAGGAAAUGGUGCUCCACAAUGGCGACCGCAGGGUAGAUUUGGAAAACGGUUAGACCAACGGUUCCCAUCGUCAUGGCAGCUUGGAAAUGGCGACAAAAGUAUAGACAUGUUUCCAGUGAUAGAAGAUCAACAAACACAACAAGAAAGUGCUUCAGAUGAACAAUCAAUUGAUUUACUGCAUAAAUUAUGUGUAGAAAGCACCAUACCUGGAUUAUAUAGAUGUUACAGACGAAAAAGAGAAGCAUUUCCAAGAGGACUAACAGAUGAAGAAUAGAAGCGAAAAAACAAAAAAAACAAAAAAAGAAUCAUAUUCAUUAAUAUUGAUAUCAAAAACAUUUUCGUGUAUAAAUCUUGAAAUUAUGCUUAGUUAAAAAGGUAAAAACAUAUCAAAAAAAUUAACAUGUAAAUUUGUAGAUAAUUACACUGUUGUCUUACAUUUAUGUCUAUUAUAAAGACUCACUUUCAAAUUAUGAAAAAAUUGUUUAAAGUCAGGUUACUCAAUACUCAUUCUAACUAUUUUUUGAUAAAUUCUUCUUAAUCAUGUUAAUGUCUGUUUUCCUAAAACAAGUAACUAUAUAUGUAAUUCUGGUUUAUCUCACAUAUAGUCUAUAUAUGGUGUAUGCACUUAUUAUGCAUGCAACUAAUUGUUCAUACAGUGAUGUGUGCCUAAAGAAUGAAUAUAUAUUAAAAGCAACAGUACAGACAUAAAAGUAUAAGAAUCAAAAAUGCUUUUAUUAUAGGUAAAAUAAUAAAACUGCAAGUUGUCAAUCUUGAUUCAAAUAAAUAAGGAACUAUUUUUGAAUUGAUAUAAAAUAAUAAUAUUUAUGCUGUAUGGUUACAUUGGAAUUAUUCUUUGGAAAUAAACUUCAAAUAACACAA